AUGGCUAAAAAAAGAAUGCUUGAUGUUUUUGACUUGCUCUUAAAAGAUCUUAUGGAUACAAAUAUGCUAUUUGGGGGAAAAGUCGUUGUUUUUGGAGGUGACUUUAGACAAUUUCUUCCAGUUGUUCGAAACGGGAAAAAAGAAGAUUUUAUUAAUGAAAGUUUACUAUAUUCUACCAUUUGGGACGAGCUUGAAAAAUUGCAACUAUCUGAGAAUAUGAGGGCAAAAAUAGAUCCUGCUUUUUGUGAUUACUUCAUGAGAAUUGGAAACGGGCAAGAAAGGGUAAACUCUAAUAACAAAAUUGAACUUCCAGAUUCUUUAGUUAUUCCUUUUACAACUGAAGAUGAAUCUCUACAUCAUUUAUUCGCUAUGACAUUCUCAAAUGCACAAGCAUACUCCUCUAAUUCUUGUUCGGCAGAUUCUCACGUUAUCCUAACGACAAAGAAUGAUUUUGUGAAUGAAAUCAAUGAUAUUCUAAUAGCAAAAUUUCCAGAAAAACCAACUACAUUUGUUGCUAUUGACGAAAUAGUUGAACCUAAUGAUCAAAGUCAAUUUGAAGACCUAUUACACACUUUGAAUCCUGCUGGUUUACCUCCUUAUAAAAUAACUUUGAAGGAGAACUGUCCCAUUAUAUUGUUGCGUAACUUAAAUCCGUAUGAAGGUUUAUGCAAUGGUACAUGA